CUGACCAACAUUAAAAAUUAAAAACAAAUUUACAUACAUACAUAUACUGAUAUACAUGGAUGCAUAUGUAUGCCAAUGCCUUGCGUGAGAGGUGUGUUCAAAAACGGUGGCAGUCUAGCGGCAUGCAAUACUUGUAGCUACAAGCAAAGUGGAAAAAAAGAUUGUAAAAAAAAAUUUGAAUGCCCAGCACUUUUGGUGCAAAAAAUAUGAAAUCGAUUUUCAAGCGUCAAACUUAAUACCAAAUAUUUGCGAAUAACAACAAAAAGUUUAACAGAAAUUUGCGCACGGCAGUCACGUCAAAACACACAAAUUACCCGUACAAAGAGCGCACAGGCGGGCGGGCGGGCGCUUUCGGCCGACAGGAGCAGCAGAACGACUUUGGCGACAGCAACGAUGACAGCUACCAUGGCGGCCAAAGAUACAAAUCAAUUGACGCGAAAUAAAGCCAGCGCCAUCAGCUCCAGCUACCCAUUACGGCAGCAGCCACCAUUUUUCCAGCAGCAGCCAACAACACAAACAACGAUGGCUACCAGAGCGAUAAAUAUUGGUUUUACUGGCUAUACACACGCUUACCUACAACAGCAGCAACAACAACCACGCGGCGGUGCGACCAAUGGGGAAAUUUUAAAUGAAAGGGUGCAGCGAGAUGAAAUGGUCAGCAACCGUUUUGCCGCCGCGAAUGCAAUCGGUGUUGUAGUUGAUGAUGAUGAUGAGGGCAAUGUCGAUGGCACUGCGAAUGUAUAUAAAGAUAGUGUCGCCAGCAUGGCUCCCAAUGGCGCAACGACGACAAAUGUUGUUGUUGUUGAUGAUAUUAAUCUAGCCGUUGACACUUGUACAGGUGUGCCGACAGCGGGCGGCAUUGAAGUGGACGACGACGACGGCGACGACGACGACGACGAUGUUGAUGAUGAUAGCGAUUCAUUCGGUUCAAUGGAAACAUUGUCGGACAAUGUAGCUGUUUGGGUGGAUGGCGAAAGGCAUUGGGUGGCAGGUGUGGAUGCGAAUACAACAUGUGCGGAGCUGAUUGGCGCAUUGCUCAAUUAUCAAAACGCACAGCAAAUGCAACAAAAACGCCAUGAGCAACAGCAGCAGCAGCAGCAGCAGCAGCAUAUGUUUAAUGUCAAUAAUAGCAAAAACAACAAUUGUUUGAAGAAUAACAAUAACGGCAAAGCAAACGCCAACACCACCACCGCCACCACCACGGCCAACAGCUUUAAUACGAAUAGCUGCAGUAGCAGCAGCAGCCCACCACCAAAUACAGCCAUCAAUCAAUCAAUGUUAAUAAAAACAUCAACGAAUACCAAAGAAAAUUGCGUUCCCGUGCUAGCUGCAAGCAAUCACGCCGAAUUGACUGUUGGUGGUUGCUAUCCCGCUGCGCUUACUGCGAUGGCGCUAACCGUUCCCGCAACUGGCUGUGGUGGCGAUGGUGGCCCUUUUAACGUUGGCAAUCACCGCCGCCUAGCGCAGGCAUGCGAGUACGUCAUUGUCAAGCAGCAUCGUCACUGCGAGGAGUAUUUAGAUGGCAAUGCGAAGGUAUUCGAUGUGCUGCCAGCGCAUGAUGGCUCCGCCAGGAAGGAGGUAAGUUGUGCGUGUGUUUAUUUACCGCUGUCAUGCUGUCAAAAUAUUGCGUGCAAAAUGCAGGCACUCGUAGAUAGUAGUAGACUAGACUCUAUUACUGUUAUGAAUUCUGGGGUUGACGUGCUGUGCUUUCUAUUUUUAUUUUUUAUUUUUAUGAAAGAGUGGAUAGCGGCAUGAA